UUUUUAUAUUUAUUUUUGAACUUUUAUUUUCUACUAUAUUUACUAAUAAACACUUUUUCAAGAAUAAUGUCUUUAAAUGAGCAACGCAGGGAGGAAUUAAUAGAAAUGAUUGAGGGUGCUUUUGUCCAUUUUACAAUGAAUCUUUGUUCUGCAGAUGCUCACGAAACUACAAGAUAUUCAAUGAGAAGAGUUUUAAAACGUCCACAUCAAAGUUCGGGAGAAGAUGCCGAUCCAUUCGAAGAAGGUGAAAAUGGAGAUUGGGAUUUUGAAGACAAUGAACAGCAACAAUCUAGUACCAGUGGAGAUUCUGACACCUCCAAUCCUGUUGAUAAUGAAUUUUCAAGAAAUUCUGUUGAAUUGUUGGGAACGACUUCAAAACGUUUGUUAACUUUUAGACUUCGUGUUUUGGCUCAAAUAUAUGAACUUCUCGUUGAGAAUCGACAUGCAACUAAACGCGAUUUAUUCUACGAAUCAAAAAAGAUUUAUGAACAACAAUCAAACUUUGACAGAGCUUUAACUGCUGUUUGUAACUUUUUAAUGGCUAGUAGAAGUGAAUUACAUAUAAGUUGUAGUAAAGGUUUUGCAAUUGGAUCUCUUAGACUUUUAAAUGCUUUGGAUGAUAAUGAAAUUAAUUUUCGUUUUGGAAUGAUCGCCUUAAAUGAGUCACUUGUUAAUUUUGAUUUUGCCGAGUCUGAUGCUACAGCAAUUUUGAUUUUGGAGAAGGAUAGUGUUUUUCAACACCUUUUGGAUGAAAAAUUUAUGGAAAUGUUUCCAAAAACUAUUCUUGUAACGGGCCGCGGUUAUCCUGACAUUUGUACUCGACAAUUUCUCAAUUGGCUAGCUUCUCAAUUACCAAAUAUUCCCAUGUUUAUUUUAACUGAUGCCGAUCCUUAUGGCAUUGAAAUCUUUUUAACCUACAAAUACGGCUCUGAUCGUUCUUGGAUUGAAUCUGGAGGGAUUACUUUACCUCAACUUAAAUGGAUUGGUUUUUUGCCUUCUGAAGCAAAUAAUUUGUCUGUGCCGGAAAAUCAGUUACUUAAAUUAACAAAUUCCGAUAAACGAAGGAUUGAAAAGUUGAGUAAACGAGUUUUAUUGUUGGAAGAAAAUGCUGUUUUUGAUGAGCUAGCCGUUAUGUUAUCAAGUAAUUGCAAGUUGGAAAUCGAGGCAUUAUAUACACUUGGGAAUAAAUUUCUUUCUACAGUUUACCUCAAAUAUAAAUUGGAGCAACAAGAAGAUAAUUUUUAAUUUUAUUAUUUUUUUAAAAAUAUUUUUACAAACAUUUUAAGCUUUUCCCCUUUUUUCCCAAUUCAGAUUUUUAAUUUAAUUUUUUCUUUCUUUAAAUAUUGUGAUGAUCAUUUUAUUUGUUCAAUAUCUUUCUGUGUUCAUUUUAUAUUUUUGCGAGUUCUAAUUUCUGUUAUAUUUUUGGUCGA